AUGUUUUACAAGAGACGCAAAACUAAAAAUAGAGAAGAAAAUGGAGCUAAAUCAAGCCUGCUCCAGUAUGUUACCCGGCUGGUGUGCGGUCCCCCAUCCCUCACUCUGCCCGGACCUCCGUCUUAUUUUCUCAUUGGGAACAUGUUGGAGUUGGCCCACGAUCACUUGCCUUUGCACUUGACCGGCCUGGCACAGCGCUAUGGAAGCAUCUACCGCCUUAGAUGUGGAAACACCACUAUCGUAGUGUUGAGCAGCAGUGAAGUCAUCAGAGAGGCGCUGGUCAAGAAAUGGUCUGAUUUUGCAGGAAGACCAGACUCAUACACAGGUAACAUCGUGUCUGGGGGGGGCUGCUCCAUCUCUCUGGGCGACUACACUGAGGUGUGGAGGGCUCAUCGGCGCCUGGUGCACAGUGCACUUCAGCGAUGCUGCCAGAAGUCUCUUCACGACGUCAUCGAGAGACACGCUCUGUGCCUCAUGAAUGUAUUAACGGACUAUAAAGGCACAGCUGUGGAUUUGUCGGAGGAUUUCACGGUAGCUGCGAGUAACGUCAUCACAACUCUUACAUUUGGAAAAGAAUACGACAAGAGUUCCCCGGAGCUGCAGCAGCUGCAUCACUGUCUGAACGAGAUCGUGGGUCUGUGGGGCUCGUCCUGGAUCUCAGCCCUUGACUCUUUUCCACUGCUCAGAAAACUCCCAAAUCCAGUGUUUUCCCGCCUCUUGAAAGAGGUGGUGCGGAGAGAUGACAUCAUACAGAAACACCUGGAUGAUUAUAAAGCCCUCAGUGACACACACGUGCACAUGGCGACCGUGGAUCUUCUUAUUGGAGGCACUGAGACCACCGCAGCCUGGUUAAACUGGACCAUUGCCUUUCUGCUGCACCGACCAGAGGUGCAGAGCAGAGUUCACGAGGAGCUGAGUGUGGUGCUGGACGGGCAGGAUCCCAAAUACAGCGACAGACACAAGUUCCCGGCUCUGAACGCUCUGGUGCAGGAGGUGCUGAGGCUGCGGCCGGUCGCCCCCCUGGCAGUGCCACACCGGGCCAUCCGGGACAGCAGUAUUGCCGGAUAUUUCAUUCCCAAAAACACUGUGAUCAUUCCAAACCUCUUUGGCGCUCAUCACGACCCUGCAGUCUGGCCAGAUCCCUACAGUUUCAGACCAGAGCGUUUUCUGGAGGGCCAGGGCUCCACUCGCGCCCUUGUCCCAUUCGGAGGAGGGGCGCGGCUCUGCUUGGGGGAGUCCGUGGCCAAAAUGGAGCUUUUCCUCUUCACGGCCUACCUGCUGAGAGACUUUCAGUUUGUUCUUCCUGAAGACGUCCCACUACCAGAUCUGAAGGGCGUGGCCAGCGUUGUGCUCAAAAUACAACCUUUCAAAGUCAUUGCACUGCCCAGACACAGACAGCCCAGCUAA